AUGUCUGUCACCGUCGAGUAUCGAGGACGGAUCGCCAUCAUCACGCUGAAUGUCCCGGCAAAGCUCAACGCCCUAACGUCGGAAGGGUACUUCCUACUCGCAGACUACAUGCGUAAAGUCGCCAACGACCCAGAAAUCGUAGUUACAGUGUUGACCGGCAGUGGGCGACUAUUCUCGGCUGGCGCGGAUGUUCAACGGACAGGCAAUAGAAACAUCGAUGGCCAGCCUUACAAGCCAAUGGUACAACAAGAAGCAACACCGAUGCAGAGUGCACCAUUUCGCCAAACACAGCUACGGAACCUCGCGCACAUCAUCGAAGUGACUGAUGCAUUCUAUACACACCCGAAGCUACUUGUUACUGCGUUGAAUGGUCCGUGCGUUGGCCUUUCAGCCGCCCUGGUCGCAUAUUCGGACUUCAUAUACGCCAUGCCCCACGUGUACCUCUUCUGUCCCUUUACCAGUCUCGGUAUUACCGCGGAAGGUGGCUCAACAGCCCUGUUCAGUCGGCGCAUGGGCUUCAAAGUCGCCGCUGAGGCACUGAUCAUGUCGAAACGCAUCCAGUGCGAGGAGUUGGUUCGAUGUGGAUUCAUAAACGAGGUCUUCGACGCUGGAAAAGGCGUGGACCAAUUUCUUAACAGAGUUCUUGUGGAAGUUGAGAUGCGACUGGUCUCAAAGCUCAAUCCUUUCAGCAUGCUACAUGUGAAAGCUUUGAUGAGGAAGCCAGAGAUACCCCUAUUUGCAUCACAAACUGUUGAAGAGACCUUGGGAGUCGUUGACAGUCUCGCAAGGGCAGCGGAAAUGGCAGACCGCGCGAAAGGGGGCAAGAAGGGUGCUCGGUUAUGA